GAAAGAUGUUUGGAUAAACUUUCGGCCACAUUCCCGAGAAAAUAAGGAAAUAAUUUCCUAGAAAAUUAAAUAAUAAUCACCUACGACCAUUCCAAUAUAUAUAAAAGCCACCCAUCUCUGCAUCCAAGUUGACCGACAACCGAGAAGAACAAAAAUGCCGGGAGAAAUUUACAUCGCCUCCAUCGACCAAGGCACCACCAGCACCCGGUUCUUAAUCUAUGACAAUUCUGCUCGAAUCAUCGGUUCCCACCAGAUCGAGUUCACUCAGUUCUAUCCUGAAGCCGGAUGGGUGGAGCAUGAUCCAAUGGAGAUAUUGGAGAGCGUGAGAUCGUGCAUCAGAAAGGCACUGGACAAGGCUACUGCUGAUGGACACAAUGUUGACAGUGGACUCAAAGCCAUUGGAUUGACCAACCAAAGAGAAACCACUGUUGUUUGGAGCAAAUCUACUGGUUGUCCUCUCCAUAACGCCAUCGUUUGGAUGGAUGUUCGUACCAGCUCCAUUUGCAGGAAAUUGGAGAAAGAACUACCAGGAGGGAGAACACAUUUUGUGGAAUCAUGUGGUUUGCCUUUAAGCACUUAUUUUAGUGCAGUGAAGCUGCUAUGGUUGAUGGAGAACAAGGAAGAGGUUAAAGCUGCUAUUGAAAAAGGGGAUGCCUUGUUUGGAACUAUAGACACAUGGUUAAUCUGGAACUUAACAGGCGGUGUAAAUGGCGGAUUACAUGUCACCGAUGUCUCUAAUGCAUCACGUACUAUGCUCAUGAACCUCAAAACCCUUGAUUGGGAUAAAACCACAUUGAAAACUCUCAGAAUUCCAGCUGAAAUUCUUCCGAAAAUCGUAAGUAAUGCCGAGUUCAUCGGUAAAAUCAGCAAAGGGUGGCCUGCUUUUGAUGUUCCUAUUGCAGGAUGUCUUGGUGAUCAGCAUGCUGCAAUGGUUGGUCAAGCUUGCCUAAAGGGUGAGGCCAAAAGCACUUAUGGAACUGGUGCCUUCAUCAUGCUCAACACAGGUACUGAGCCUGUUAAGUCAAAUCAUGGGCUACUAACCACGCUUGCAUUCAAGCUUGGUCCAAAAGCACCGACCAACUAUGCUUUAGAGGGAUCUAUUGCUAUUGCUGGAGCUGCAGUUCAGUGGCUAAGAGACAGUCUUGGAAUAAUUUCCACUGCAAGUGAGAUUGAAACUUUGGCAUCGGAAGUCGAUUCCACAGGUGGGGUUUACUUUGUUCCUGCUUUUAAUGGAUUGUUUGCUCCAUGGUGGCGAGAUGAUGCCCGUGGAGUUUGCAUCGGAAUCACUAGGUUUACAAGCAAGUCUCACAUUGCUCGUGCGGUGCUCGAAAGCAUGUGUUUUCAAGUGAAAGAUGUAUUGGAUUCAAUGCACAAAGAUGCAGGGGAGAAGGGUGAGGUUACGACUGAAAAGGGAGAGUUCUUGCUUAGGGUGGAUGGAGGUGCCACUGUCAACAACCUCUUGAUGCAAAUUCAGGCCGACUUGUUGGGAAGCCCCGUGGUGAGACCAGCUGACAUAGAAACAACUGCUCUUGGUGCUGCAUAUGCUGCUGGAAUAGCUGUAGGUGUGUGGAAAGAAGAUGAACUCUUUGCUUCGGGUCAUAAGCUCAACGCCUCAACCACAUUCUCCCCGACGUUAAGCGAAGAAAAGAGGAAGAAGAAGGUCGAUUCUUGGUGCAAAGCUGUCGAAAGAACAUUCGGUUUGGCCGAUCUCGAAAGUUGAUACAUCAACACUGAAUUCUGUUUCAACUUCAUUGUAACACUAAUAUUUUCUGUAGAUUUUUUACAGACAAGAAAACAAUGGUUCUGCAUUCAACUGAAUAAAUUAUAAUAAAAUGAUUAAUGUAAUAUUGUUGUAGUCAUUGCUUUACUUCAGUGAUUUUCCUUUCAACAUAACUCUCUUAUUAUGACUGCCAAAAUCUUAAUUAUGUGUUGUUAAUCA